AUGUUGCAUAAAAGCCCUUCAAGAAAGAGAUUUGCUUCUCCUUUGCAUCUAGGAUGCAUUCUAACGCUUACAGUGCUCUGCCUUAUUGCUUACUACUUUGCUUUACCGGAUUAUUUAUCGGUAGGGAAGAGCUCAUCCAGGGGUGCCAUGGAUCAAAAAUCUGAUGGAACCUUUAGACUUAAGUCUAUCUACAGGCAUGGCGUCGGAGCAAACCAUCGGCUACACCAGAGGCUGGAGGUCACUCCAGAAGUUAUUUCUGCCGCUGGAAUGCUGUAUCAAGAAACCACAACUCAAGGACAGGAUUUCGAAGACCAAGAACCCCUAUGGACUACUAAUGCCGAAUAUGCCACCACUAACCCAUUCGAUUUUGAGUUUGAGCUACGAAGGAUGCCGCUAUUGAUGAAGCGGAUGAAGGAAAGAGAUCCUGAAUUCAUAGAGUCGUACAUUUACGGAGAAACAUACAUGACGGAGGAGGAAGAACACGCCAUGUGGAUAGAUGAUGACAUUGUGGCACCCAAUAUCACAGAUAGAGGUACAGUAGUGUCGUUAGCAUUAAUGUCGUCUAAUGCUUACGUGAGAAUACCGCAAACGGGAGACUGGCGUAACGUCACGGAGCCGUGGAAUGAAACAGAGCCGGAAGAUUUUGGUUGGGAUGGUGAUGGUAUACGUGGUCACGUCUUUUACAAUGAAGUGGAGAAUAUCGUGGUACUCUCGAUAAAGGGAACCAGCGCUCAGGGUUUGCCAGGGUCUGGCGAAGAUGAGACAACUGGAAACGACAAGAUCAACGAUAAUUUGUUAUUUUCGUGUUGUUGUGCAAGAGUGAGCUACCUGUGGACUACCGUGUGCGAUUGCUAUGUGAAGUCGUAUAUAUGCGAUGAGUCUUGCCUGGAAAAGGAACUGAGACGUAAGGAUAGAUUUUACUCUGCAGUCGUUGACAUAUACAAAGGCGUCCUCAAAGAAUACCCCGAUGCGGCCAUAUGGGUCACAGGCCACUCACUGGGAGGCGCAUUGGCCAGUUUACUGGGCCGCACUUUUGGAUUGCCUGCGGUCGCAUUCGAGUCCCCUGGAGAGCUACUACCUUCAAAAAGACUUCACUUACCAUUCCCACCGGGACUUCCCUCAUACAUGGAGGGUAUCUGGCACUUCGGUCACAACGCAGACCCAAUCUUCAUGGGUACAUGCAACGGAGCUAGUUCAAGUUGCUCACUGGUGGGCUACGCUAUGGAAACCGCGUGCCACACUGGUAGAGUCUGUGUCUACGAUGUGGUCAACGACAAGGGCUGGAGUGUAAACAUGUUCAACCACAGAAUCCACAAAGUCAUUGACGAAGUUCUCCUUGGAUACGAGCAGGCUGCCAAGUGCGUUGAACCAGAGCCCUGCGUAGAUUGCUACAACUGGAAGUUUAUUCCAAGCAGAGACUGGGAAUCCUCAUCGAGGCUCAUUACCAAGACUAAAAGCCACGCUGCACCAACCACGACGACUCGCACCACUGCUACUACUACCUCUUCAUCUACCUGUGUAGGCCGCAAUUGGCUUGGCUUCUGCACCAAAUACGAGUUGUAA